GUGUUGAAGUUGAAAGAAGUAAACUGCUAGAAAUGGCAGGCUAUCCAAGUAUUUGGAGUAUCAUAAAAGCUAACAUCGAGCACACUGUGGAAGUAGCCUUUAAUCAGACGAUGGCUCACUUCACCAGCUAUAGCUUGGACCUGCACAGCUUUAAAAGCAAUAUCCUAGAGCUGCUUCAAUUACCACUCAGUAAUAUACCAGCUGGCCACCUCAUGGGACAAGGCAAUCAAACAGUGAAUUCAGAAAUCAACGCUACAGUCUACCAAGCUGUGUAUGGUGCACUCAAUGCCAUGAACGCCUCAACCUUUAGCAACGGGAGCGCAUCAACUUUUGAUCGUGCCUUUUCUCAACGCCUGUCAUUCGACAUAGAGAUGGAAGUCUUUAAUGAAAUCUUCCACAACUCUACUGAAGGCCAAAAUAACAAUGGUGGUUUCACAGACUUCUUCCACAACCUCCCACUGAAGGAUGAGACGCUGUUUGUUGCUCUGGUGUGCAUGGCCAUCAUCGUUCCCAUUAUCUUCAUCACACUUUUCUUCAUCUUCUUCUACAAGCGCAGACAAGAAAACAAAGAACGAAGCCAUGAAAUGUUGCUAAGGGAGCAGCCGGAGAACGCUGUAGAGGAGUUCAAAGGUGAGAAACAGUGCGGGGAUGAACCUCCGGACUUGGACUUGAAAGUAGCUCCGGUCUAACACGUGUCCUGCCACCAAAGGAACUCACUGGAUUCAGUGUAAUAAAAGACUCUCAAUACCUUCUGAACGCAAUCCAUUUCAAUCUCACUGACAAUGUUACCUGACUUUUAUUUAGAUUGGAUAUUUGUUUAGCUAGUAGGCUGAAUUUUAAUGGUCAUACAUAUUUACAGACUUGAGAAGCCUAAUGGUGUUUGAUCAAAUCCAUUCUCUGCUCAGAUUUUCAUAUAUACAUAUUAAGACAUUAUUUUAUUUUUUUUGUGCUGGAUUGCUGAACAAUAUUUUAUUCACUGUGUAAAUUUUUGUAAAACAUUUUUUUUUUUAAACGAUGGACGUCUGCCUAUUUUUUAUGUACAACUAUUGUGUAAAUAGAUUUGUAAAAACAUAUCAUCCUUGUGACAAUGUUUUUUUUUAGACCUUGCCUUUUGGAGUUUUGCUUCAACAUUUUUACAUUUUCUCAGGACAUUUUUGUUUGAUUUUAAUUGAAUCAUUUAUUUUUUUAGUCUUCAUAUCAGAACUUUUAUCCAUGGAUUGGUUUAAAUGUGGAUUUAUUGUAACAAGGAUCUUGGUUUUUGGGGUUUUCAAAUUUCUGUAUGUCCCUGGACAUUUUUUGUUUUCUUUUUUUCUCUGCUGUUUUUAUCCAGGUGGCUUUAUAGAGGGUUUUUGCCAUCCAUUAUGAUGCCUUUGAAUAGUUGGAUAUCUGUUUUUCAUCAACUUUUUCUAUUAGAAUUUUAUUUCAUGGUUUUCUGAAUAAUAAAGAUUUUCAUGAACUAAAAAUGUUCAGAUGGAGACAGAAUAUCUUCUUGUGUUGUUAGUGAAUAAGAAAAACUUUGAGUAUCCAGAUUUAUAUUAUUUUACUUUCUGCCUGUGGUCUUGUCUGGGGGCAAAGGUCACCAACCAGCUUCCUCCAGGCAUCUCAGUUCUGGGUUAGUCUCUCCAGCCGUCCAGUUUGGCAUCUGCUUCCAAAUUGCGCCGCCAUGUAUUCCGGGGUCGUCCUCUCUUUCUUUGAUGGUUCCUAGUGAGGGCUUGUCGUGUAUGUUUAAGACCUCUCCAUCUCUCACUAUUAUUCACUACUUGCUUUCUUAAUGCUGUUAUGUAAAUAUAAAAUCUAAACAUUAGCAUCUGACAAGGAUUAUUUGUAUUCCUUGUUAAAGUUGUUUGUAAGCCUGUUGAUAUUUGGUUGUGGAUCAGAUGUUUGGUAAAGUGCACCUUGUUGCCUGUCUGAACAUUUUAUUUUGCUGGUAGGUCACGAAAGUGAAAAACUUUUUUUUUCUUCUAAUUUAAUGUUAAUAAGCUUAUAUUGAUAUUAAGAUGUAGUUACAUAUUAGUAACUUGUAACAAAUUUCAAACAUUUGAUUAUAUGAUGUUUAAUUUUUUAUUGUGAGACAGUAUUUCCUUUAUUUUGUUAAAACAUUGUAUUUUACAUAUUUUUGUUUGCAUACUAUUAAGGCAGAUUAAGUUUAUAAUGUACCUGUAUUACAGUUGUGCUAUAGAUGUGGAGUUCUAUGUCUGGUGAUCACAGAUAUACUGGCUAAUUCACUGCAGAUUUUAUUGUAUCUGUAUAUCAGUUGUGUAAUAAAUUUCACUUGCAUAUUUAAUGUUAACAGACAUCCAGUGGCUUGGUAAAAGUAUGAGGAAAAAAAAUGCCUUUAGUGUUUUUUGCAUAUCAAGGGUCGUAAUUUUUUUAAUGCCAAGUGCAUAGACAAAUUGAAAAAAUAUUUAUGAUCAAUGAUUCAGAUGUAUUCACUCAAAAUCUUUACUAGUUUAAAAAAAACAACAAAAACUUUACAGCUGUUUUGAGUUAUUUUUAUUAAUGAUAAUUAUGAUAACAUGUUGCUCAAAAUGAUUAGGUCUCAUGAGGGCGCACCCUCAUUAAUUAGUAGAAUGUUUUGAUUCGUGUGUGAUAAGUUUAUUUUACAAACACACUGUGGCUGUAUUGUGUUUGCUGCUUCAACUUCAACAUUCCAU